AUGGGUCUUGCAGGCAAGCGUUGGGUAUGAGUGUGAAGACUCCCAGGUGUAGCAAGGAGGUCAGUAAGAGAUGGUUGCAGGAGGUCUUGAAGGAGCACCUUGCUGAGAGUCAUCCUGCUGGUCAACACGACGUUACUACCUUCACUAUCACCCCUGGUGCUGGUCCAGGUGAUUCCUUCCAAUCUGAGUUGGUGCUGCUUGACGUCUGGGUGAAGGUGAAGAAAGAUGGUUCACCUGCAUUGCAAGGUGCUUCACCUGUGUUACAAGAUGGUUCACUAGCCCCACCAGGCAGUUCACUUGUGUUACAAGAUGGUUCACUAGCCCCACCAGGCAGUUCACCUGUGUUACAAGAUGGUUCACUAGCCCCACCAGGCAGUUCACCUGUGUUACAAGAUGGUUCACUAGCCCCACCAGGCAGUUCACCUGUGUUACAAGAUGGUUCACCUGCCUCACCGGAAAGUACCGUCGUCCUCCACUUGGUGGCAAAGUUCUACAGUUUUGAUAUAAUGUCUCGCGAGAUAAACAAGAGGAUGAGUACUGGCCAGAAGGAACACUUGAUAUAUACAAAGAUAAUUAAAGAGCUCAACGAGUUUCAAGCAGACAGAGCCCGUGACGAGCCUAAAAUAUCCAUCCCACAUUUGAUCUAUGGACGAUGUACUGGUAAUGAAAAUGUUUUACUAAUGGAAAACCUUAAAAUCCACGGAUACAACACUUUUGACAAGCGUAAAGGGCUGGAUUUUGAGCAUCUUAAGGCCUGUAUAGAACAAAUAGCCAGAAUUCACGCCCUUUCGCAUGUGUUCUAUAGGGAUAAAAAUUUCCGUAAUAAAUACCAUUGCUUUCAGUCAACUUCGGAGCACCUCAUGUAUAUUAAACCUAUAGUAGCUGCUAUGCUAGACUCCAUCAUUGCAUUUCUUAGGACUCAGAACGACAAGAAGGAUGUCACACGAAAACUGGAAGCAUGUAAACAAAGUAUAUUAGAUAAAUAUUCAGCAAUACUGCUGGACAGAGAAAGUAUCACGUGUUUAAAUCAUGGAGAUUAUUGGAUUAAUAAUAUUAUGUACAGAUAUAAGAACCCAGUGGCACAGGGAAGUCAUGAAGACUCGCAGGCAAGUCAAGAGGACUCGCAAACACUUGCGAGCCAUGAAGACUCCUGGGCAACUCACAGGGACUCGCAGGAAGGCCACAGCCAGAGGGUCUUCCAUGCACAUGAAAGCCAUCAAGAAAUCGAAGCAUUAAAGAUCAUUGACUGGGGUAACAGUAGCUGGGGCAAGCCGAUGUUUGAUCUACAGUAUAUCCUCUACACGUCCACUACUCGCACCAUCAGGAACGCUCAUCUAGAUCACCUGCUGCACCUCUACCAUUCUACCUUUACUAAGCUUGUUGCAAAGCUGGGCUCAUCUGCUGCCAGCUGGAGCUAUGAGCAAUUUAAACUAGAAUGGGAGAGGACUUGCACUGUAGGGUUCCUCUUUGGCUGUAUUAUGACUUUAGGAACACUUAGCACCAGUAAUCCUGUCAACAAAGCAUCACAGCCUUCAUUCCUAGACAAGCCUAUUCUCUUACCGGUCAAAGUAAUUGUUGAUGGCAUAAAGCUAGGAAUGGCGAGGUUAUUACUUCCUUUACUUGAAAAGCCAAUUGGAGAGUUCCUCAUUAAAAACACGUUUCACCACACGUUUAAGCCCAUACAUGAAGAGCUGUGUUCUGGACAGAAUGAAAUUAUGAAUACAAGACUAAUGGACCUUAUUUGCGAGGCAGAUGAGAAAGGGAUUUUCUCCACAGAAUCAAUCAUACCCGAGUAAAAUAACGACGGGUGUGCUCGCUGAAAUAGACCCCCAUAAUCAACCCGCAUUCACAUCAGUGAUUGUUACUUCACGUUCCUCAAUACUACCAUUAAAACUGCAGGUGGUUCUCGACUAACUAGACAAGUGUUUCCUGGUCAGAUGAUGACCUGCCAUUUGAGCUUUUGGUCAUUUAACCGAGGCCUUCCUCUGGCUUAUCGGUCCACCCCCUUUAAAAAAUGUGGUAACACUUAUAACCACUUAGUUUUACUUACCAUGGGGUUACAUUAUGAAGAACCCGUCGUAAGUUAAAAAUUUAGUAAGUCGAAUACAAAUUUAAUAUAAAAGAAUAAUUCUUAGUAUUAACAUAUCUGUGUGAUACAUGGUUUAAAACACCGACAAGUUGAAGAUUGUCGGUUUUUUAAACCAUUCAUCACAACUGUCAGACACAGCAG